GUAUAAAAACACGCAUGAGAAUUUUCAUUACAGAGCGUUCCUUGCUUUUGUUCUUGCCUUUUUGAAUUGACCUGGGUAAAUAGAGAAUGACUGAAGUCGUGUCGCCCGCAGGAAUCCUCCCUCACAUACCCGAUAACCUCACGCUUGCGCAGUUCAUAUUGGAUGCAGACCAUGUCAGGAGGCCCGUUCGUAAGAAUGGUGCCUGGAUUGUUGAUGACCAAAGUGGGAGAAAGAUUGGGCUUGAGGAGGUGAGUGUGGUCAAUGAAAAUAAGCAAUUGUUUGGUGGGAAAUGCGCAAAAGUUCAUCUCAGAACUCGGACGUAUGGUCUGGCUAAUGCUUUGAGUAUCCGCUAUAACAUCCAGGAGGAUGAUGUUGUGUUGAUCUACAGUCCAAAUCAUACUGAUUACCUUGUGGCUGCUUGGGCGGCUCACAGACUUGGUGCUGCCGUAUCCGGUGCCAACCCGCUAUUCACAGUCGACGAACUUGUAUAUCAAAUCAAUGAAGUAAAAGCAGCCGUCGUUAUUACGCACCCGGACUCGCUCAAUGUGGCCCUAUCGUCUGCACAUGCCGCUGGUGUAUCCACGGAUCGCAUCAUUCUUUUUGACGUCGAGGAUGCGGAUACCGCGCAUAAAUUGACUGUGCAAGCUUUGGUUUCGCAAGGUCUUGCAAGUGUUCCAAACUUCACAGAACGGAAACUUGCUCCUGGUGAAGGGAAAACUAAGGUGGCCUUUCUGAAAUUUUCCAGCGGGACCACUGGUCGCCCGAAGGCCGUUGCAAUUCCCCACUACUCACCGAUUGCAAAUAUCAUUCAGCUUGCCACGCACCACAAAGUUGGCGAGGAAUAUGCUGAUCAAAGAUUUAAACCUGGUGACAUAUGCUGUGGCGUGCUUCCUUUAUAUCAUAUCUAUGGAUUGGUGUUCAAUGUCCAUUACAUCUUUUUCUGCGGAAUGACGCUUGUAUUAACAGCGAAAUAUAACUUUCUGGACUUUUUAAAGAGUAUAACCAGGCACCGCAUUACUCAUCUUAUGUUGGUCCCCCCACAAAUUGUGCUACUAUGCAAGCAUCCAGCUGUCAAGAAUUACGACUUUAGUCAUGUUCGAUACAUCAACUCGGGCGCUGCACCCCUGUCUCGUGAGGUAAUGGAGCAGCUUGCUCAGAUAUUCCCGAAUGCCGCACUUGGGCAGAGCUAUGGCCUUACCGAAUCAGGGCCUGUUAUAAGCAGUUGGGCACUAGAUAAGAAAUGCGACUUGAGUGGUGGUACUGGCCAACUCCUUCCCGGUAUUAUCGGCCGCGUGGAGAAGCCCGAUGGCACUCUUGCCGACUUUGACGAACCUGGAGAGCUUGUCGUAAAGACGCAGGCGCUUGCGCUUGGUUAUGCGAACAACCUAGAAGCAACGAAGGAAACCUUUGUAAAUGGAUGGCUCCGUACCGGUGAUGAGGUGAUGAUGAACCGCAAGGGCGAAAUCGUAGUCCUUGACCGGUUAAAGGAAAUGUUGAAGGUCCGUGGAUUCCAGGUCGCACCUGCCGAACUCGAAGGGUGCAUUCUGGACCACCCCGACGUGACUGAUACGUGCGUGGUUGGAAUACAAGAUGAAUAUAGUGGCGAAUUACCACUUGCAUUCGUUGUUCUCCGCCCCGAGGCCGUCAAACGUGUCGAAGAAAGUCUUGCAGCUGCGGAGGAGAUCAAAGCGUCUAUUAUGAAACACGUUGCUGAGAAUAAAGUUGGCUACAAGAAGCUUGCUGGGGGUGUCGAGAUCAUUGAUGUUGUCCCGAAGAACCCGAGCGGUAAACUUUUGAGGAGGGUGCUAAGAGACAAGGCCAGGGAGAUGCGGAUGAAACCCAAAGCGAAGCUGUGAUACGGUGAUUCUGAUUGCGAGUCCUCUGUACACUGAAUUAUACCAUUAUUUGUCGUUCUUUCGUCGAUAGGUCCUCCUACAGUCACGCACUCUUCAGCAUGACCCUGGGUGAUAUCGAACCUUCCGAUAUUCAUAAAAUUGUUUAACAUUGUC